CCCGGGCCGGGCCGGGCCGGUCCUGGCCGGGAGCGGGGAGAGCGCCGCCCCGCGCCCCGGGGCUGCAGGAUGAAGGGGCCGAGCCCGAGCCGGGGGCGCCGGGCCCAGGAGGCGGCACCAUGACUGGGGAGAAGAAGAAGAAGAAGCGGCUCAACCGCAGCGUGCUGCUGGCCAAGAAGAUCAUCACCAAGGACGGAGGCGCCCGACAGGGGAUUGGCGAGCCUAGUGUAUACCAUGCUGUGGUGGUGAUCUUCUUAGAGUUUUUUGCCUGGGGCCUGCUCACAACCCCUAUGUUAACGGUAUUGCACCAGACAUUCCCACAGCACACUUUCCUGAUGAAUGGCCUGAUCCACGGAGUCAAGGGCCUACUGUCUUUCCUCAGCGCCCCUCUCAUUGGCGCCCUCUCAGAUGUCUGGGGCAGAAAGUCAUUCCUCCUCUUGACGGUGUUCUUCACCUGCGCACCCAUCCCACUGAUGAAGAUCAGCCCGUGGUGGUACUUUGCAGUCAUUUCCAUGUCAGGCGUCUUCGCGGUCACCUUCUCCGUCAUCUUUGCCUAUGUAGCCGACAUCACCCAGGAGCACGAGCGGAGCACAGCCUAUGGCCUGGUCUCCGCUACCUUUGCUGCCAGUCUGGUGACAAGCCCAGCCAUCGGUGCCUACCUGUCCCGCGCCUAUGGGGACACGCUGGUGGUGGUGCUGGCCUCAGGCGUGGCUCUGCUGGACAUCGGCUUCAUCUUGCUGGCUGUGCCCGAGUCCCUGCCCGAGGAGAUGCGCCCGGUGUCUUGGGGGGCUCCCAUCUCCUGGGAGCAGGCCGACCCCUUUGCUUCUCUUCGGAAAGUGGGCCAGGACUCGACCGUGCUUCUCAUCUGUAUCACUGUCUUCCUCUCCUACCUACCAGAAGCCGGCCAGUACUCCAGCUUCUUUCUCUACCUGCGCCAGGUAAUUAGCUUUUCCUCAGAAACAGUGGCCGCCUUCAUUGGUGUGGUGGGGAUUCUCUCCAUCCUGGCUCAGACAGUGGUGCUGGGGAUCCUGAUGCGCUCCAUAGGGAACAAGAACACGAUCCUGCUUGGCCUGGGCUUCCAGAUCCUACAGCUGGCCUGGUACGGCUUUGGCUCCCAGCCUUGGAUGAUGUGGGCCGCAGGUGCGGUGGCCGCCAUGUCCAGCAUAACCUUCCCCGCCAUCAGCGCCAUGGUGUCCCGGAAUGCAGACCCCGACCAGCAAGGGGUCGUCCAAGGGAUGAUCACAGGCAUCCGGGGGCUGUGCAACGGUCUGGGCCCGGCUCUGUAUGGCUUCGUCUUCUAUCUCUUUCACGUGGAGCUGAAUGAGAUGGUGGCGGUGGAGAGCCUGGAGAAGGCCGCCAAGCCCAACAUGGCCAACCCUUCGGAUGAGCGGAGCAUCAUCCCCGGCCCCCCUUUCCUCUUUGGAGCGUGCUCAGUCCUGCUGUCCCUCCUAGUGGCCUUGUUCAUCCCUGAGCACAAUCAUCUCACACUGAGGUCCGGCAGCCACAAGAAACACAGCAAUGGUGCCCAGAGCCACACACACAGCCCCCAGGCGGGCGGCCUGGAUGGCAAGGAGCCCCUCCUGGUGGACAGCAGUGUAUGAGGGGAAGGGAGAGGCCAGGAACCACCACCUUCCCCCAGCCCACCCCAUCGACUGCGGUGUGCUCGAUGCGGACUGGACCGGGUGGGAGGGCAGGCGGUCACGGACUGUACCACUAACAGCAAACGAGAGGACCAAGGAGACUGAGGCCCUCAGAGCCAAACACAUAAACACAGCUACCCACAAACUCA